CUUGACAAUGAAACUGCUGGAAGCGCUAAAUGUUCUCUUCCUCCGCUUCGUCGCCCGUGGCUUCAUAAUUUCCUGUGGACCGCUUUGUGUCCAAGGGAUGCGGACGCCACUGCGUUGUGAGCAGCCUUCACUCAGCCCAUGUGUGAGAGUGGAGGGCCCCGCAAUGGCUGCAGCGUGGUUUUGACCUGAGGAGAGUUCAGCAAUGAGUGAAAACGAGAGUGCCAGCGAGGAGGACUGGCUGGCUCUGAGGCCCCAGGAACCUUCUCCAUCCCAGUGCUGCGGCAGCGGCUGCAAACCCUGCAUCUACGAUGUGUAUGACAAGGAGCUUGCACAGUGGGAGAGAGCCAAAGCAAUGCAAGACAAAAGCCUUCUCAUGGGAAAGAAGGAGCAGAGCAAUAAGUCAGAGCUGAAUCCAGAUACAUUCACUGCAUUCAGCGUGAGCUCGGUGGAGCAGCUGACAGAGGACACCUACCAGUACAAAUUUGAAUUACCAGGAAAUAGCAGCCUGCGAUUGAGUUUAGGACAACAUAUCGUGUUAAGAGGAGUGGUGAAUGGUUUGGAGGUCCAGAGAGCCUAUACUCCAAUUAGCCCCAGGAAUGCAGAAGGUUACUUUGAAGUUCUAAUUAAAUGCUAUGAAGCUGGGCUAAUGUCACAAUACAUAAAAACAUGGAAAAGAGGAGACGUGGUCUUCUGGCGUGGGCCGUUUGGAGGGUUCCCAUAUCAACCUAAUAAGCAUGGAGAACUCCUCAUGCUGGCCUCUGGCACUGGCCUUGCACCAAUGAUUCCCAUCCUCCUGUCCAUAACAGAUGAUGAAGAGGAUGAAACCUUUGUAACUCUUGUUGGCUGCUUCCCUACCUUUGACAAAAUUUAUUUAAAACCUCUUCUGCAGGAUUUGGCUCGGUACUGGAAUAUUAGAAUAUUUUAUGUCCUAAGCCAGGAAACUUCGCUGGAAAAACUUCCUUGGAGCUACCAGGAAAACACUUACACUGGUCAUCUCAAUGAAGACUUGAUGAAGACAAUAGUAAAUUCCUGUCGAAGAAAGCCAUUUGUAUUAAUUUGUGGCUCUUCUGCAUUCAAUGAAGAUAUGAGUAGAUACUUGAAAGCUGCAGGAAUUGAAGAAGAUUCCUGUUUUGUCUUUUAGCAGUACAUUCCUGACCUGAGGAACCUUAGGCUGAGCCUUGGAUGUCCUUGUUUCUUUGCAGACAUUGCACAAAAUGGGCCUGCUCAGAAGACUGAGCUCCUUGGAACAACUAUUUGUUGAUCCUCACUCUAGGGUGUUUUAAGGAACAGGUGCCAUUCCAGAGUGGCUGGUACAUGGUGUGCCACCCAUGCUUCAGGGACCUGCAUGGCAAUUUUAAUGGAAGUCUUCAAGUGCAAUUUUAAGAGAGAGAUCUCCUAAGGGGGUACUAGAAAGCAUCCAGGCACACAGCUCUGCUGUAAUAUGAGGAUUGGUCCUCCUUGCUUUGUAAUCUGUGUUACUCUGCAGUGGUGUUGUGCCCUGUUAGGUGUCCAGAGGAGAGAGAUAAUCCUCAGGGAUCCUUGCCAGGCCAACGGGACAGCAGAGUCGGGAUCACUUUGGUUCUGUCAUGUGCAGGCUGAUGUCAGGCAAGUCCCUUCCAUCCCACUGAGCCUCAGUUGCCCCAUUGUAAAUGCAGAGAAAGUGGCACUGAUCUCUGAAAACAGCCAUUCCAACUCUAUAUGGAAAGUGUAUCCAUAAGGAUGGAGUGAUACAUUCUGUCUAGUGAGAACCUGGGCAGGCUGAGCUGCUGUCCUGGCCCAGGCCAGGUUACUGACCCUGUGCUUAGCCCUAGAAAUGCAACCUGGGGAUACAAAGAGCAUGUCCUAAAUCUGGGAGGGCAUGGCUGGGUGGUGGCUGCUGUCUGUCAGGGAGGAUGGUUAUUUGCUUUGGUGUCCCCUAAGUGUUGUAUCAUAACCCUGGCUCGUUAAAUUGAACCUCUUUACAAAUAAACAGCUGUUUGAUGUUGUCACAGGACUCUCUCAGGUGCCUGAGGAGGUUCCCUAAGCAUACAGGAACACCACCUGAGGAGAGAAAGCUGCAUGGGGUCUGCUGGGGUGCUUCCUGUGGGACAGGGAGUAGAUCCAGGGAGCUCCCUCAGGGAUGGCAGCCUGGCACAGCACCCAGCCUGGGCACCUGGGCCUCUUCCUCUUUUUUCAGUCCAAAAUGCUGCUGCUUUUCCUCUGACGUAUGUGCUAUCCACUCUUUUAUCUUUUCAGACUGGUGUGUUUAGUAUCUACAGCUGGAAAUAUAACAGUCCUGCACACCUUGUG